AUGGCGGACUCGCUCGAUUCCCCAAUGAAGAAGUUAGACCUAGAAGGCGAACAGUUCGACCCCGCAGCCUUCGAUGCUCGCCUCGCAGACGAAGAGAAUGGAAAGAUCGAGAACUUCCAACCUCGGAAGCAAGCUCCUCAGAGUGCCCAAGAGUUACUAACAGAGCUCGAAAAUGAGUUUCUGACCCCAUCAGACCAAUUCAGCACGAAAUGGUUGAAUUCUCUUCAAAAACGAUGGGACGUUUCGACAGACUAUGCAGACCUUUUCGAACUCGCCCCAACCCAGACGCGGACGGUGACUCGGUUCACACGAGAGGGACUGGAAGGACGAGUUACUGGAUACCAGGAAGUCACGGUUCCUGCUGCAAGCGCAACAGCCAAGAAUUCCACAUCGCUUCUCCGCCGACCUGCUGGUCGUGCCGACUUUGUCAGAGGUGCUGCAGGUUUCUUCCCGUUCGCUCCCGGAGGUUUGGACGCUAUUGAGGCCCUGGCAGCAAUGGAGGCCGAUGCUCAGGUCACAGACCAAUCGAGCAACGGGAAGCAAUCUGGGCUCGAUCGCAUAAUCAACUUUGGCACCGAGGGAGGUCUUCUGACAACACCCCCUGGCUUUGACAACGGUAUCGAUUUCGAUGAAGCCAAAUCCAAAGCCGCCACCGAGGGUGCGCAAGAAGUUGAAACUGCCCUUCUUCAAGAGGAGAGCGAUUUGAAAGUGGACCAACCCGAGGAAACUGCGGAUGUCGAUACAGGAGCAAAUCCCGAGCUUGAUGAUGUCAGCGACGACGAAGAUGAAGAAGACAUUGACGCUUUGCUACCAGUUGAGUUCCCAGCAUUGGAACCGCGUAGCCAGUUGCUCGCCGGUGUUCACAAGCAGAAAGGUAGAGAAUGGGCCCACGUUGUGGAUGUCAACAAGGAUAUCCCGAACUUCAAUGAGUUGGUUCCAGAUAUGGCCAGAGAGUGGCCUUUCGAGCUCGACACGUUCCAGAAGGAGGCUGUUUACCACCUUGAGAAUGGCGAUUCGGUGUUUGUUGCGGCCCAUACCUCGGCAGGAAAGACAGUCGUGGCCGAAUAUGCAAUCGCCUUGGCUGCUAAACACAUGACCAAAGCGAUUUACACGUCUCCCAUAAAAGCGCUGAGUAACCAGAAAUACCGUGAUUUCAGAACCGAAUUCGACGAUGUCGGUAUCCUGACCGGUGAUGUUCAAAUCAAUCCGGAAGCCAGCUGUCUCAUUAUGACCACUGAGAUCUUGCGAAGUAUGCUGUACCGAGGCGCUGAUCUCAUCCGCGACGUUGAAUUUGUCAUUUUCGACGAGGUACAUUAUGUGAACGAUCUUGAACGAGGAGUGGUAUGGGAAGAAGUCAUCAUUAUGCUUCCAGAGCAUGUCACAUUGAUUCUUCUAUCCGCCACUGUGCCCAAUACCCGAGAAUUUGCAUCCUGGGUCGGUCGUACAAAGAAGAAGGACAUUUAUGUCAUUUCAACUCAUAAACGACCUGUCCCCCUGGAGCACUAUCUCUGGGCCGGGAAGAGCAAGCACAAGAUCGUCGACUCGAACAAAAGAUUCCUCGAGAGCGGCUGGAAGGAAGCAGAUGAUAUUCUAUCCGGCAAAGAUAAGGCCAAAGCCAAGAAGGAGGCUGAAGCUCAGGCGCAGUCGGCGCAAGCUAGAGCACCCGUCCCUCAGGGCCGGGGACGCGGCCAGCCAGCGAAUAACAGAGGUGGUCGCGGGGGCCCACAGCGCGGCGGUCCACAGCGUGGAGGUCCGCAACGAGGUCGAGGACAGAGCGGCGGACAAAGACUUGCUGCCGGGAUGUGUUUUCGUCUUUUCUAA